CAUACAACUGGGUUGCACUACAGUCCAUUGAUUAUCAAGAGUCUGACUCAAUCUUGCCAUUUCUUCUUUUUCAUCAGUCUUUUAUGUUUUUUUUUUCCAGUCUCUGCAACUUGAGGCUCGCCUUCUUCUGGUCACUUACAUUUCAAUUGUUCCCUCCCUCUCACCUCCUUUUUACGAGAUUAUUAUUUUUAUUGUCAUGUUUUGAUUGGAUUUUUUGCAGGCGAGCUUUGAUUUUAAUUUUUCCUGUUGGUUUCGGACUUCCCAUGUUUUUUUUUUCCGCUAACACCAUAUGGAGGGAAUUUUGCACAACUUUCUAAUAUUUGGAUGCAUGCGUUUGGAGGCAUUCCAGCAAGUUGCAAUAACCAUUACUCAGAGAAAAUGGCUUAUGCUGCUCUUUCUUCACUUAUGCAUACACUGCAACAACUCUUGCAACCUAGCCAACAGUUGGUCUGUCGAAGCUCUAUAGAACGACAUGUUGAAUCUGCUUAUCAAAGUCUAUGUGCUCUGCAAGUUUUUCUUCAGAAUACUACAAAGGAAGCCAAAAAUAUCAAAACUCUCAAGGCUUUAGAAAAGAGGAUCAGAGAUGUAGUCUACAAAGCAGAAGAUAGAGUUGAUUCAAGCCUUAGAAGCGUCAUUCUAGCUUAUAAUGGAGACAACCGAGAAAGGGCAUGUAGAUCCUUUUCUGAAGAAUUGCUAGAAGUGGAAAAAGAAGUUGAUUCUCUCAAGAAAGAGGUGAUGCAGAUCGAGAUUAGCAAGCAUGGAUUCAAGUCAGCAGAAGCAACUACUACUUCUUCAUCAUCAAGAAGGUAUGCAACUGAUCAAAAUACCAUUAUUGGGACGGAGGAUGACUUCAAUACCAUAGUAGAUCGCCUCACUAACCAAACAGAUGAGUUAACUGUAAUACCAAUUGUCGGUAUGGGCGGUAUAGGUAAGUCAACUCUUGCUAGAAAAGUUUAUGAUGAUUCAUCUAUUCGUUCUCGAUUUGAUAAACAUGCAUGGUUGACUCUCUCUGAAAGCUACAAUGAGAGACAAAUGCUUCUUGAAAUUGUCUCCUCAAUUACUGGAAGCUGUCAAGAAAUGAGUGAUGAUCAACUAAUGGAGAUCGUGUAUAAAGGUCUGAAGGGUAGGAAGUUUCUAAUUGUCAUAGAUGAUAUUUGGGGUACUGAGGCUUGGGACCAAAUGCGACGAAUGUUUCCAAAUGAUGAAAAUAAAAGCCGAAUUCUAUUAACUACUCGGCUCAAAUAUGUUGCUGAUUAUGCCAGCGGUGCUGAUUUUCCUCCUCAUCAUAUGUCUUUUCUAAGUUUCGAUGAUAGUUGGAAUCUAUUUACCAAAAUACUAUUCCAAGAAGAACCCUAUCCUCCACAACUACAACAAAUUGGGAAGCAUAUCGUACAGCAAUGCGGAGGAUUACCUCUAUCAAUUAUUGUCGUUUCUGGACUUCUUGGAAAGAUGGAAUUGACCCAUGAUAAUUGGAAGAAGGUUGAGGAAAAUUUGAACUCAUUCUUUGGUAGGGUCUCCGAACAAUGUCAAGCAAUUCUUUCUUUGAGCUACAGUUGUUUGCCUCAACAUUUGAAGGCUUGUUUUCUCUAUAUUGGAAGUUUUCCUGAAGAUAUGGAAAUUAGUGUUUCGGUGUUGAUUAGACUAUGGAUUGCCGAGCUAUUCAUAAAGGCAGGAAGCAAUCAAAGGCUAGAAGUGGUGGCAGAGGAGUAUCUAGAAGAGUUAAUUGAUAGAAGUCUAAUUUUGGCCCGUAAACGGAAGGUUAAUGGAAGAAUGAAAACUUGCAAAAUUCAUGAUCUUCUUCGGCAGAUGUGCAUAAGAGAAGCUCAAAUGGAAAAUUUUGUGCAUGUCAAGAAUGAGAAUGUCCCAACUUUAUCAGAAGGAAUAAAUUAUGAAAGGCGAGUGAUGAUUCCGCUUAAUAUUCUUAGCAAGCAUGUUUAUGGUCAUAGGCAUAGGAGUGGUACUAUCAGUACAAUCCGCAGCUUGGUUGUUACGAGCAUUAAUCUUAUUCGUAUUUAUAAGCGUCCCUAUUCCAUUAUCUCACAUUUUGAGCUGCUCAAGGUGUUGGACGUAUCUCAAAUUGAUUAUGAUUUCUCUAAUGUAAUACCUCAACUUGUACAUUUGAGAUAUGUUGCUGCAAAAAUAUCCAAAGCUCCUUCACUAGCCAAACUGUGGAAUCUACAGACCAUAAUUCUUCGUAAAAUAGAACGUAAUUCCCGAUCAUACGCGGAGCUCCUAUCAGAGAUCUGGACAAAGACGGAGAUAAGACAUCUAGAUAUUGGAAAGGAAAUACGUUUGCCUAAUCCUCUUGAGGCAGAAAGUCAUGAAGAACAACCAUUGUUUCUCAAUAACUUGCAAAUACUUGCUCUCAGUUCCUCUCCAUUUUUGGCGGAAAUCCUAAGAAGAGCUCCCAAUCUAAUUAAGCUAAAGAUUGUGUCUUUGAAAUCUGUUGACUGGCCUGCUAUUCUUGAUUAUGUCAUUCUAUUACAACAACUGGAGGCGCUAUUUAUACAAGGAACCUUUGGCCGGAUGAUUCUCUCUAGGGAUUUUUACCUGCCUAAUCUCAAGCAGUUGAGAUUACGUUAUACUAAAUUGGGAUGGGAAGAUAUGGUUGUGCUGGCUAAUUUACCCAAUCUUGAGGUGCUCAAAGCAAAUAACGCAAUCCAUGGAACAGAUUGGAUACUAAAUGAAGAUGUUGUGUUUCAAAGAUUAAAAUAUCUACGAAUCAAGGGCGGAGAUCUGGAAAGGUGGGAAGCAACUAGUGAUAAUUUUCCGAUACUGGAGAAACUAAUCCUGAUUGCGUUUCGUACACUGUCGGAGAUUCCCCAGAGUAUUGGAGAUAUAAUGACGCUAAAAUUAAUUCAAAUAGUAUUUUGCAGCUCUACUGUCGAAACUAGUGCAAAGAAAAUUCAAGAAGAGCAAGAAAGCUAUGGAAAUGAUGAGCUUCAAUUUCUAAUCAUAGCUAUACUCAUAAUGUGGUUGUAACAGAUAAAUUUGGACGGGAAGUGUAGCAUAAUAUACUUUUAAUGCAAUGGAAGAUAAGCCUACAAGUGCUAGUGUGAGAGUCACUGCAUUGUAUUCCAUCCGAAUGACAAACUGCCAGUGUGGACAGAAGAAUGCUGGCUAUUUACCAGCAGGGGAUUUGCCUUCUGGAUCGAGCUUGUCGCACGGGGCUUGCCUAGUGCAGGUUAUCUCUUCUGUGUGGUUUGCGGGCUAUUAAACAGGAGCGAGAUUUACCCUGUGCCCACUUGAAAGGUAGCGACGGCUGCGGGUUCCCUUGUCAUCAAAAAAAGAAAAAAGAAUGCUGGCUGUUUUUCCAAAUACCGAUCAACUGUUAAAUUGUUUAAUGGACUGUGUAAUGUUAAGUAUGUAUUGGUGCUCAAUAGUUAAGGGUAGUAUAGUUUCAAAACUAGUCUAAAUAUAACAUAUUUUCUACAUAAAGGGACCAAAAGAGACACAUUUUCUGUCAAUUGAAAGUUAAGUGUGUUUAAUGAUAUAUCAUAAGGACCAAAAUAAAAAAUUUAAAAUAAUUGAGGAACCAAAAGUGUUAUUAUCCCAAGCUUUUCUUUUGCUUUCUUGACAAGCAUAUAGUGCAUAAAAAAUUCCAAGAGGUUGGAAAGAGCCAUAAAAGAACAAGUACCACAACUUCACAUACACCAAGCUUUAAAAUCAAGUUUCUUCGUUAGUAUCAAAUUAUUAUCAUAUAAUACUAAAAGUGAAAAUCUCUUAUCUUCGAAGUUAGAUUACGAUUUGCCCCUGCAUUAAAUCAAAAUGUAAUAAAACAUCUAAUUAAUAGCACUAUACUAAUUAUAUAAAGAUUGAAUUACAAGUUCAACAAUUAAAUAAUUUUUCUUUAUAUUAAUAUAUAAAAUGCUUCACACCCUCAAAAGGCAAUGAAUCCAAAAACGUAUUUUAACAUUUUUUUUAGUUAUAUCAAUAUAUAUACACACACACACGCCCAUCAAAUAUUGACAUUUUACCCUUCCUUUGAACUCUAAUUCUAAAAUAUAUUUCUGCCAGAAAGUAAAGUGUAAUCUUCUAAUAAAUGAUUAGUCAAUUAAUUAUUUUCUACUAUAAUUAACCAGCUAGUAAAUGAAAAGGCAGUCACCGGAAGAUAUUAUAAUGACCUAAGUAAAUGAUAAAGUUGUGUUGAUUCACUGCACCCUUUCAACUCCUUCAUAAAGUUAUAUUUACUGCAAUCUUUCAAUUCAUAACUUUCAUCCUUGCUUCAUAUCAUUGUAAUGGCAAUAAUCUUUUGUUCCCAUAAAUUAACAUUCUUUGUGGAGGUUGUCAAUGAUGAAAGCCAUCUUAUUGUCAUUAGAAUAACCUCUUCGAAUGUGCUGCUAUGAAAAAUACUUUGUAGAGAAAAAGAAUUUAUGUUGCAGAAUGUCCAGUGAAGAUGAAAACAAGCUUUUCCACCUUUGUUGUCCUACUCUUAACUAAAGUUGUCACUUAUUUCUGUUAUGCAAAUGAAGUUACUCACGUGAAUCUUGAAGUAGAAAAAUUUGCGCGUAGAUGUUUUACGUGCUCUGGUCAUUUCUGAAGAGAUGGAUAUGACAAAAAAGAAAUACCUUAGAGGUGAAGGAACAAAUUUGAAGGCAUUGAAAGAUAAAAAAUUACAGGGUCAGCUUGCUGUGAAAGAAGAUUUGUAGGGAAAAUCUGCAGCAGCUGCCACUAAGGCUGAGAAGUGGCUUAUGCCAAGUGAGGGUGGUUAUCUAGAGGGUGAUGGUAUUGAGAAGACUUGGAGAAUAAAGCAGGAUGCAAUUGCCAAUGAAGUAAGCAGGAUGCAAUUGCCAAUGAAGUUGACAUCUUGAGCUCUAGAAAACAAUUUGAUAUCGUCUUACCAGAUUUUGGUCCUUACACUCUUGAAUUCACCCCUAGCGGUCGCUACAUGGCUUCAGCUGGACGCAAGGGUCAUAUUGCUAUUGUAGAUAUGAAAAACAUGAAUGCCAUUAAAGAACUACAGGUACCCGUAUAUAUACAAUAGAGAUGGCACGGAGCUCCACUGCCUGAAGGAACACGGUGCUAUGCUAAAGCUUCAGUUUUUAAGGAAUCACUUCCUUUUGGCUACUAUAAACAAAUUUGGUCAGCUGCGUUAUCAGGAUGUUACCACUGGACAGAUGGUAUCUAAUCUUCGAACUGGCUUGGGUCGUACUGAUGUCAUGCAAGUGAAUCCCUUCAACGGUGUGGUUGCUGUCGGCCAUUCUGGUGGGACUGUCAGCAUGUGGAAGCCUACGAGUGCUGCUCCCCUAGUGAAGAUACUCUGGCAUCCUGGACCCGUCACAGCUCUAGCAUUCCACCCUAACGGCCAUCUAAUGGCAACUGCCGGUAUGGAGAGGAAAAUAAAGAUUUGGGAUUUGAGAAGAUCUGAGGUUCUGCAAACAUUACCUGGUCAUUGCAAGGCCUUGGAUUUUAGUCAAAAAGGCUUACUUGCUACUGCAACCGGAUCCUUUGUACGAGUUUUCGGAGAUCUUUCUGGAUCUCUGAAUUAUGGCAGUUAUAUGACCCAUUCUGUUGCGAAAGUAUACCAAGUAAAGAAGGUGGCGUUCAGACCAUACGAAGAUGUUCUAGGUAUAGGACACUCGAUGGGUUGGUCUUCUAUCUUAAUCCCAGGAUCCGGAGAACCCAACUUCGAUUCUUGGGUGGCAAAUCCGUUUGAAACAUCUAAACAAAGAAGAGAGAAGGAAGUCCGCUCUCUUCUUGAUAAACUUCCUCCGGAAACUAUCAUGUUGGAUCCGACAAAGAUUGGUUAGGUGAGACCAGCAACGAAGAAGUAAAAGCCAACAAAGGAGGAAAGAGAAACAGAAAUGGAAGCUGCUAUUGAGGAAGCUAGAAGUAUUCCUAUGAAGAAGAAAACAAAAGGUAGAAGCAAGCCGAGUAAGAUCGCAAAGAAGAAGCAAGGAGCUGUUGAAAAAGCUAAGAAGCCUUUCUUGGAGCAACACCUGAAGAAGAGGAAACUCAGCUUCCAAAAUCUUUAGAGCGUUUCGUUAGGAAGAAGGCAGUUGCAUGAUUAGUUAUGUCCACUGGACUUUUCUUUCUUAUCCUUGAGGCAAUUUUGCUUAUAGGAAUUGAAGAAGCAAGUGCUGUAAUUCUUCAGAUCAAAUUACCCCUUUUCGAGCCGUUUACGUUGCUUUUUACUGUUGAGGUUAAAAGUUUAGGCAUUCUUGUUUAACAUGGAGGUUUCCGGCUUGAAGUACAGGCGAACGUAAAAUUGCAUUGUUUUAAUGGAAUUUUAGAAGACUGGUCCAAAUUUACUUUAUUUUGUCA